CUGAGAUGUUAAUGUAGCAGGCAAGGCAGCUGACAGAUCUUAAUGACAUACAUUUACAGUACACAUCAUACUAAGUGACAGAAAAAUGGGUGCAUGAAAACACAAACAUGUGACUUAAGAGUCAGACUUCAUCUUUAAGUGAAGACUGGUGUGAAGCCAGGAUCCAGCAGUGCGCGCAGCCAAAAGUUUGGACUUCCCACUCCCAUCUGUUAUUAUGGGAGCUAGAGGUUUAAGAGGGGACAUUAUCUGCCGGUAUGUCAGUUUGAUUUAGACUCGUUCUGAAUGGUGGAUCACUCUGUUCCCGCGCGUACAAACGCUUCCAUCGGAUUUUACGCACACAUCACUGGAGAAAAGCAACAAGAAAACACCCCUGGGUGCAUUUUUCUCGAUUUAAAACAGAACGCAGAACUAACUCGCAAAUAAUUUCUAAUUCCAUUAGGGAAAUUAUUAGCCCUGGAGACACUGUGGGCGCGUUGUGCCAAAUAUGUUUGUGCAGUUUCACUUGCGGCACGCCUCUGCCUCGGUUUCCAAGCCAGGACUCUGGACUGUUUGCCUACCGCUGGCACUCCAUCGCUUCCAACACUUCACUGGAUUUUAAGAGAGGAAAGUCUGUCUCAUUAACGAAGGUCAAUUGGUUUCUGAUAAUCUACUGAUCAAUCUUUUGAGAAAGGCGAGGGCAAAGAAGGCGAUAACACAGCGCGCAGAGAGACUUUUCUUCAGUGGAUACGCAUUUUGGCACAACACCGUACCUAGAAGCGCAACGUGAUGCCGCAUCGGAUCCGCGCCCUGGUGCUGCUGCAUCUGGUUGUGCUGCUGCUGGCCUGGCAGGCCGGGGCGGUUUGGGGGGGCCGGGUACGAAAGAAGGCCACCGGGAGACGGUCUUGCACCGACCUACCAGACGAGAUCCUGGAGCAGAUAUUCGGGCGGCUCACGGUGGGAGUGAUGAGCGCUUUCCACCACGCCCUGGAGCUGGAGCCGCAGGACAAACUCAACCUGACUUGCCCGUUCACCGCCCGGUCCCCGACCGACAGAAAGACCCGCCUCCCGGUCAACCUGCUCAGCAUUUCCCCCUGGGCCUACAGGAUCUCGUAUGACCCGGCCAGAUAUCCCCGCUACAUCCCUGAAGCUUACUGCCUGUGUAAGGGCUGCCUGAUUGGGCCACAUGGUGAGAUGAGUGACCAGUACCGCAGCACUCCAGUCUACGCUCCCUCUGUUAUCCUGAAGAGGAUGGACAUCUGCGUCGGAGGCCGCCACGUAUACAACGAGAUCUAUGUCUCCAUUGCUGUGGGGUGCACAUGUGUGCCGCUGGUGGAAAAGGACCGGGAUGGCCCAAACAGCAACCAGAGCCUGGGGAGGGCAAAGCCCAAAACCAGGAAGCUUGUCUCUGCGGGCAAGAAAGUAUGAAGGAAGCAGGGCUGUGGUAAGUCCUUCUACAACAGAUCCACCUUUGUUGGUUUCUUUUUUCUUCCACUGGCACUAAACUAAAAAUUGAGGGUCUCUACCUGAAAAGAAGAAGGACUUAAGAGUCCAUAAACAAGUACAGAUUGAAUAUUUGAGUGAUUUACAUCUCUGUUCAUCAAUGAGAAACUUUUUACAUCUGGAAACAAAUGAGGACACUUUGUCUUUCAGUCUCACACAAAAUAAGACUUGAUUUAGUCUUCCUUCAUUCUUGGCUUGUUUUUGACUUUCUCUGGACACAAACAUGGAAUUGACCUGGACUUGAUAAAGAUGUCUUGAACUAAAGUUGUACAAAGAUGUAAAAAUCAAAGUAUGGCAAACUGAUGUGCACCUGUUGUAUUGGCUAGACAUCACAACUGGAGAGGAAAUGCCUAAACAAUCCAGACAAAACUAGAUGAAACUCUGAAGUACAUAAUGACAUUUGAAGAGUUUGUUCAGCCAAAGACCAGAGAACAUAUUCACUUCCUUCUUGUGUCUAGCCAUGCAGAUAGUUUGGGUUUUAUUUGCACAGGUUUUGAAAAAUCCAUCUGACAGUUACUAUCAGCAUAGAUAGUAACCACUAAAAAUGAAUGAUAAUGUACUUGUUUGUAAUUUAGGUGGACCAACCCUUUAAAAAGUGAAGCAAACAAAUAUUGACCAAUGGGGGGGAAGAAAAAAAUAAAUAAAUAAAACUCAUUAUCAUCAGUGACCUGAUCAAUGCUGCCACCUACAGAUGUAAAAAAACCCCAACUGCAUCUUUGCUCUGGUCAUUACAUUCAUUGUUAUUCCGACACACUUUAAUAACAACUUGUCAUCAAAACAACAACUAUUCCAGAUGACUGCAGUUCUUUGACAUUUCUGGACAUCAGUCUGCAGAGUUAGCUCACCUCUCCCAGCAAUUGUACAACUAAGAUUUUAGCACAUUUCCCAGUGUCCUUUUGUAUUUUCAGGAAACUGGAACUGGUUCAAAAUUCCAGAUAUCAAUUGGUUUAACAGCAGUAUGUCAGCCGUUGUGAUCAUCAGAUUAUUAUAAGGGGAGAAGAAAAUAAACCCACCCAUUACAAAAAAUACUAUCUUUCCUUUUUGUUAUUUAUUCUUCCUGCUUUUUUUUGGUUAAAUACCGAACAGUUUGUGCCUCUCUGCAUCCUCUGAAGAAUCAAAUGAAUCAUGUAAGAAGCUGUUUAUUCUCUAGCUGAACUGUUCACCACUCCAGGUGUCUGGUAGAGGAGCUGUCCAUAGGUUACAGACUCCCAUUAAAGUUCAAUUUCAUGUCUUUGCUCCUGAACUGUGAUGCUAAUUUAUAUCCUGGGUGGGAGGAGAGAAAGAUCAACCCUAACCCCCUGCUUUGCUGCUAAUCACUUAAGGGGCACUUCUCAAUUUAGUGUUGUUCUUACAUAAAGGUGGACUCGAAAGAGACAGAUUUUAAAAAGAAAAAGAAUGAUCAAAAUGAAAGCAGAUGAGGCCAAGAUAUCCUAACUUGUAGUCCCUUGUCUUUCUCCCAAAAUGCUGGAUCCUACAUUUCCCAUAAUGCAACCCAAUUAUCUUUUUGUUGGAGCUACGCUGAGUUAGUAAAAUACUUGCUUUUUGUUAAAAAAAAAAAAUCUUCCGGUGUUGACAGGUACCUCAAGAGUGACAGGACAUUAUACAUCUGUUUACAGGCUGAUUAGUGCUCCAUGUGUAGUUUACCUUUUAAUUGACUGAUGUAAACUAAUCAAUAGAUCAUUAAAAGGUCUAGAAAAUGGUGAAA